UAUCUAUGAAAAUCCCAGCAGGUAUUACAGCAUAUUCUCUGAUUGUGUAACCCGAGGAGGGGCCUGUCCCUCCAUCACCACUGUUUACCAUGGUCAGAUAGGCCUAUGUUACUGUUCCAUAGUAUAUAAAUCACGAUCCCUAUUUGUUCAACUCACGAAUGUUUUUCAUUCGUGGCGCAUAUUGAUGUUUAAAAAUAUAUAAACAAAAUUGUUGAAAGUCUCUUUUUACAAGAGAUGUAAAGGUUAGAUUUAAGAGUGAGUGGAAUGAUUUUUUAAACAUUCAACUGAAGUCUCAAAACAGAGGCUAAUGCUAGGCCAUAUAUACAAUCCCAAUUUGACUGCAUUUUUGCAAGCCUCUGAACAUGUUGUGAUAGGGGUGUCUAUGGCUAACCUCUUGUGGAAUAAUACAGUUCGAGACAUCUGCCUCGUUCAUUUGCGGUUUGCAGACACGAUCUUGUGCUCAGUUGGGUUUGGACCUGGAUGAGCUGUGUGCUGACAGGAAAUCUCAUCCAUCCUCCUCUCGGUGAUUCUAUCUGGUGAUCAGGGCGGGCUUACGCUGCGACACACAGUGUGGUCGGUAGCUCGAUUGUGUGUGUGUGUGUGUGUGUGCAUCAUCAUCUCCGCUCCAGUCCCAGCAUCUCUAUCCUCCAUCUGCAAGUGCUGCCCAUGAUCUACAGCUUUCAUAAUGACCUAUGGGCUAUGCAUUAGUUGAGUGGCGUCGGCUCGUUAUUGUCCGCUGUGGCUGCGCGUAUUGAGGUGGAGAGAACCGUGUAGCUACCUCUGCUGCAUUGGCAUCACCGCAGAGUGUUUGGGGGACUGCUCGUCCAUUCAUUCGGGUGUGUUCUGCUUGUGACAGCUACCAUGGCCAAAACACUUGCAUCAUCCAGUGCAAUAACAGGUGAAAAGAUGGCGUCGCAGUCUGUCACUCUGCUUCCUGACGAGAAAUCUCCGACAAACGGUCACAGCUCUCCAGCCCAAAUUGGAAAAAAUUCUCCAUCUACCACAGAGAAGAAGCCACACAUAAACGGACACGCAUCCCCUUCACACUUAGCAGCUAACACGAGUAACAACCAUGCAGGUAAACAAAUUGUGGAGGGUUAUACGAAGACAGACGACAGGAUGCGAUUAGCCAAAGAGAGACGUGAGGAGAGAGAGAGAAGCCUGGCAGCCAGGGAGCAACUGAUCAGGGAGAAGGAGCGCAGAGCUCAGCUGCAGUAUGAACGCACAGUGGAGGAACGCUGGAGGCGGCUGGAGGAGCAGAGGCAGAAAGAGGAGCUCCGCAGGGCUGCGGUAGAGGAGAAGAGGAGGCAGCAGCUCGAAGAAGAGAGGGAGCGUCUGGAGGCCCUGAUGAAACGCUCUCUGGAGCGAAGCCUCCAGCUGGAGCAGAGGAGCAAACGCUGGAGCAGGGGCUGCCCUACAGGAGCAGGUGACAGUGAGAAUACCGCACUCCCUUUCUCUGCUGCCUCCGUCUUUUCCCAUGGCAUUGCUUCCCCCCUUCCUGCUGUCAGCGAAUCUGCGCCCUGCAGCCCUCACAGGUUGCCUUUCUGCGGCUCACUGAAUCCUGCAGAUCACAGCAGAGUUGGACUUCAGGGAGGCUCUCAGUCCACGCCCAAUACCCCCAAGAAAGAGCGGCUGCGCAGAGAGAGAACUGCAUCCCCAGGUUAUGGAUCUCCUAUUAGAAGAUCAGAAUCCCCCGCUAGUGUCACCAAGCACUUGGUUUCCCCAACAACAUCCAAGCUGGCAUCUAAGGUGCGUGCCCAGUCUCCAAACAAUGCACAUCACUACCAUUACUCUCCUACAAGACCUCAUCCAAACCUGGCAAGUGCUGACAAGAAGGUGGAAAAACACAGUGAACAAUCCAAAGCUGAGACCACAGUUAAAAAGAAUGCCAACAUUAACAGCACAAAUCCAUCUUCACAAGCUGAGAAGAAUGUGGUCAGUGUUGACAGCACUGAAACAAAAUCAUCAAAGGGUGAAGCUUUUAGCAAGCAUCUCAAAGGCGACACAUCUGAAACAAAGCAGUCCCCUGACAGAAAGAACGACAUGUCACCCAAAAUGAAUUCCUCAGAGAAGAAGAUGCAGAGCAACGCUCCCAACGGAGACAAGAAAACAGAGCCAGCACCACACGUGUCCACAGGGAACGUGGCAGCUGGCACAACAAAUGCAGAGGAGGCUACUAGGGUGCUGGGUGAGCGUCGGCGUCAGGCUCGAGCUCAGAAAGAACUGGAGGAGAAGAAACAGGAACAACAAGAAGAGGAAAGACCCAAGGAAGAGCAGCUAAGGAAGCAACUCGCACAGGAGCAGCAACAGCAAGAGGCAAAGAUUCAACAAGCAAAGGAAAAGGGGAAGAAUGAGGAAGAUCCGCACAGGCUGAAACACGAAGACAAACAGAGGAAGGAGCAGCAGCAGGAGAAGGAGUUACCGAGUCACACAGAUAAAGAGAGAGAAAAACUCAAAGCUCAAGAGGAUGCAGAGCGUCAGCGGCAAGAUAGAGAGCUGCAGGUGCAACACGAAGACGAGGAGAGGCAACUAAGAAAAAAGAGAAUUGAGGAGAUAAUGAAGAGAACUAGGAAGGGUGAAGCUGACUUGAAGAAGGAGGAGCAGGUGGAGACAAAAUCCGUCUCACCACCAGGGGAUGUAAAGACUAUUCAAACUAAAGCUCAGGUGAAUCAAGCGUCCAAAAAGCUUGAGUUUCAGGUUAAAGAGCAGGUCCAGAUCAACACAAAGGGAUGUGUCUUAGUAAAGAAGGAAGCAGCCGCAGCACAAACGGACAAUCAGAAGAGUAUGCAAAUUAAAAACUACACUCAUCAAGUGGCAUCAGUACACAAUGUUCCUGACAAGAGAUCAGACACCAAGCAAACCAGUGAAGAGCAUGGCAAGCAACUUAACAAAGAAGCCAAAGCCUGUGUUCUUAAACAACAGGGAAGAGAGGGGGAGGUGAAUGUAAACAAGCAGCACAAAGCAACUGUUAGAGCCACAGACCAAAUAAAUAAAGAGCCAACAAAAUCUACAGCAGAUGCCAAAGUCAACCAAAGGGAGGGUGGUUUGAUGAAUGGAGCAGCGAAGGCUGACAGAAGUGCCUUGAGAAGUAGCCGUCUAACUGCUGAGGUAAGCAAACAGCAAAGCCUGCAUAUGUCACCAGCUGAGGGACAGGCUAAAGGUGGGUCUCAGGUGGAGGUCAUUCAGCCCUCAGUGACACCCCUGUCGGUGGGAUGCCUGUCACUCCCAGUCAUCAAACUGGAGCCACUAGAUGUGAAGGGAACUUGUGAUGAGGUGCAGUCCAUGGAGGUCAGCCCAGCUUCAAAGGAGGAUCUAAUUUCAAUCCCAGAGUUCUCACCAGUCAACGAAAUCCAGCACAGCGGCACGAGUAACACCCAUGCUCUUGAAGACCUGAUGGAUCUGACAGGCAGCGCCACCUGCCUCAAACUGUCCUCUGAGAGCAACAUAGGUGACUGCAACAAAAAUCUCAUUGAGGGUAUUGUUAGUCCCAUGUCAGACUCAAAGCUCACUGGGCUGUCGCCUCUGUCCUCAAAUAAACUUAGCUUCUAGUAAUCUACUAAACUGUCUCUCUCUCGCCCCCUCUCGCUUGCCUACUUACAAACGUCAACUCACAGGAUGUCACAGUUUGAAUGUGUGUCCCUGUGUCUAUUUACGGGAAUAGAGCCAUAGAGACUGAUUUGAAAAGAACAAUGUAAACUGUGACUUUCAAUAUAAGCAUCAUGUUCAUAUGGUCUAAUCACAAAGAUUUUGUUUAAUCUAUAGUUCUAGUGUGUGUGCAAGAUGAGCACGUGUGAAGGAGAGUCAGGUGUCAGACAUGUGAAAUGAUAACAAAAAAGGCAAACAUCAGGGGUUUGAAUAUUAUAAACCUUUAGAAAACACACUAUUGCUGAUGUACAGUAGCUUGGUAGGAAUCUGUCACUUUCCCUGCACAGAUUCCUCACUGAGUCCCAGUUCAGUCCCAUUAUUGGACCGUUGAUGACUGUGUUUGUACUUCUACCUUUCCACAUGUUCUAUUCAGCCUUUAAAUCAAAUUCAGUGUUUUGCUGGGAAAGGCAAGAUCAUUUCAUUUUCAUGACAGCCUAAUUUUUAAUACUUCCACACUGUUCUUUCUAGGUUAUAUAUUUCUUGCAUGUACUGAUAAUUGAUUUAGGUGGAAUUUAAUAGAUUGAUCUGGGAAACUAAAGUCCAGCAGGAGUCUCACUGCACUCCUUCACUAUUCCUUACCCACUGAGAUCUGAACAUAGGAUUGUUAAUUAACAUUGUCUUCUCUUCUCAGUGAGAUGGCUGUUCUUUUUUUUUUAUCUUUAACUGGGACUUUCUAACUGCAUGUGUGUGAGAACGAUAAGCCCAAAGCUUGAAUAUUACUACACAUAAAAAUAAAAGAAAUCAUGGCAUUAACUCAAACAAUGAUAUAUUUUCACAUAUUUGUGGGAAACUAGAGGAAGUUGAAAUGAUGCUGCUUGCUGUUAAACCUUUUCUCUUUCCACCAUGUUGUACUCUACGGUCCUGUCUAGUGGACUCCUUUAUUCAUUUCUUGAGAUAUUCAUAGUCACUAACAAUUGCAUUUAUUUCAAUUUCAGUAGAGAUGCCUUAUGAGGGUCUGAUGUGUUAUGUUAUUCAGGCUGUGUAUGCUUAUCCUUUUUGUUUGGCCACUAGGAUUGGUGUGUGUGACCUGUAAUACUUGAGCCUCAGUUUGAAAUAUAAUCUCUGCCAUGUUGCAAACAGUUAUGUCAACACCUCCUACACAUCGGCAUGUUACUUAUAAAGUGACAUUUAGAUUUGUGUUCCUGAGAUAAUGCAUAGCCUAGUAAGCUUUUUUGAACUGCUAUAAGUGAAGUAAUCAUUUAGUAACAUACAGUAUUUGAAAGUUAGGAUUUGCUGGCUAGGCUAGAAUUCACUAAAAGUACUUUUUAUUCAAAGAUGAUUAAUUUUAAGGAAAAGGAAAUGUGUGUAAGGAAAUUAUAUAAACAAAAAGUAUUCAGAUCUGCAUAUACUCAUAUUUCACUCUAUCACAGUCAGCUUACUGUAACUCUUUAGGUUAUGUAAUUCUGUAGCCAUUGUACAUGGAAUCAGAAACAAUAAAAUGUGA